UAGAAGUCAUCAUCAUUUACAUGGGCUGAGAGUUUCUGUGUGUCCUUCCAUUGGGGAUUGGGAAGAGAAAACUCUCGCUGCUUUUGCCCUCACUCUCCUCCCUUUCUCCCACUGCCUCUACCCUAUCACCCAUCAAGACCUCGAAUUUCCCUUUCCCACCCGCCCUCCUCCCCCGAAAAAAAGAAAUGGACUUGACUGCCAACUUCCAUCGUCUCCACCUUAACUCCACCUUCCUUACAGGCUCACCGCUUCUCAAUUCCAGCAAACCCAUUCUCCAACGACGUCCCCAUAGCUCUAAUUCAAUCAAGAUCACUAAUUUUUGCAACCCCAGUAGAACCUCAAACCCCAGAAUUACCUCCCGGCUAUCGGCCGUCGUCGUCGAAGCAUCGGUCCCCGAAACCGCUGCCGAGAACGACAUCGAGUCCUUGUUCUCGAGCACUUCCGUCGACCAAAAGAGAGCUAAAAAACAAUCAAACACGGGUGCUUCGGGUAUUUCUUCCGGUGUUAAGCUAGAAAACGUGAGCAAGACCUAUAAGGGCGUCACGGUGUUGAAGGAUGUGACCUGGGAAGUGAAAAAAGGCGAAAAAGUAGGACUGGUUGGCGUAAAUGGAGCCGGGAAGACGACCCAGAUGAGAAUUGUUGCUGGGCUAGAGGAAGCGGAUUCUGGGAGUGUGAUAAAAGCAAAAGCGAAUAUGAAGAUCGCGUUUUUGAGCCAAGAGUUUGAGGUGUCGAUGAGCAGGACGGUGAGGGAGGAGUUUCUGAGUGCGUUCAAGGAAGAGAUGGAGAUAGCUGAGAAGUUGGAGAAGGUGCAGAAAGCGUUGGAGGGUGCGGUGGAGGACUUAGACCUGAUGGGGAGGCUGUUGGAUGAGUUUGAUUUGCUCCAGAGAAGGGCACAGGCAGUGAACUUGGAUGUGGUGGAUGCUAAGGUUAGUAAGCUGAUGCCCGAGCUCGGGUUCGCGCCGGAGGAUUCGGAUAGGUUGGUGGCCUCCUUUAGUAGCGGCUGGCAGAUGAGGAUGUCGCUUGGGAAGAUUCUGCUUCAGGAACCAGAUUUAUUGCUAUUGGAUGAGCCCACAAAUCACCUCGAUCUUGACACAAUUGAGUGGCUUGAAGGCUAUCUUAACAAGCAAGAUGUGCCAAUGGUUAUCAUAUCUCAUGACAGAGCCUUUCUGGAUCAGCUCUGCACAAAAAUUGUGGAGACUGAUAUGGGUGUCUCCAGGACAUUUGAAGGCAAUUAUUCUCAGUAUGUCAUUUCAAAGGCAGCAUGGAUCGAAGCGCAGUAUGCUGCAUGGGAGAAGCAGCAGAAGGAAAUUGACCAUACGAAAGACUUAAUAAGCCGGUUAGGUGCUGGGGCAAAUUCUGGCCGUGCUUCUUCUGCUGAAAAGAAGCUGGAGAGACUUCAAGAAGAGGACCUAAUAGAGAAGCCAUUCCAACGGAAACAAAUGAAGAUCAGGUUCCCUGAGCGUGGUGCAAGCGGACGAUCUGUGGUAACAGUCAAAAAUUUGGAAUUUGGCUUUGGGGAUAAGUUUCUCUUCAAGAAGGCAAGUCUUGCAAUUGAAAGGGGGGAGAAGAUUGCCAUUAUUGGCCCAAAUGGAUGUGGGAAGAGUACUUUGCUGAAACUGAUAAUGGGUCUAGAGAAGCCAAGUGGAGGUGAAGUCGCACUUGGAGAGCACAAUGUCCUGCCAAACUAUUUUGAACAAAAUCAGGCUGAGGCACUUGAUCUGGAUAAAACAGUGCUUCAGACAGUAGAAGAAGCUGCAGAGGACUGGAGAAGUGAUGAUAUAAAGGGACUCCUCGGGCGUUGUAAUUUCAAAUCUGAUAUGCUUGAUAGAAAGGUUGCUCUUUUGAGUGGUGGUGAGAAGGCACGUCUUGCUUUUUGCAAGUUCAUGGUGAAACCAUCUACUCUGCUAGUUUUGGAUGAACCAACUAAUCACUUGGAUAUACCUUCAAAAGAGAUGCUUGAGGAGGCAAUAACAGAGUACAAGGGCACUGUUAUCACAGUUUCUCAUGACAGAUACUUUAUAAAGCAAAUAGUCAAUAGAGUAGUGGAAGUUAAAGACUGCAAUUUGCAAGAUUAUGCAGGAGAUUAUAAUUACUAUCUGGAGAAAAAUCUUGAUGCGAGGAUGAGAGAGCUAGAACGUGAGGCAGAGCUUGAGGAGAAGGCUCCUAAAGUCAAAGCCAAAUCAAAGAUGUCGAAGGCUGAGAAGGAAGCUCUAAAGAAGCAGAAAAGGCAAGCAUUUCAGCAGGCAAAACAAAAAUCAAAAGGACUGAAGAAUUCCAAGAGGUGGAAUUGAUGGAUGCGGACGAGAACUUGGCUAGAGAAUCAUGCAUUGUUAAACUAAUUUUUACAUGUAAAUCGCAUAGAAGAUGGAUGAGGUGACCUGUUCAGAGCCAGGGGGUUUGGCCAUAUGUAUAUAACAAAUCCAAUUACAGGUCUAUGAAGUUGUGCUCCCCCAAAAGGAUUGCUGAAUUGACGGGCAUUUUUUGUCAGAAACCCUAUAAUACCAGGAAAAACAUUUAUGCAAUCUCAACUAAGAAAGUUUCAAAUUGAUCCCAGGAAGAUUGAAGUGGAA